GAGGACGAGGCUGCUCCACGCCCCCUCCGACACGUGCACAGCAAUCGAACAUCUUAUCACCUACACUUGACGAGUGCAGUGCAGUACAGUGCUGUAUACGGAGAGCCACACCCUCUACCGCACUCCUUCCCCAUCUCCGUGCAGGCGCCACCAACCAGCCAGCAGAGGCCGUAAUCGCACUAGUCUGAGAGAGAGUCCCCAUCCGGCUUAAGCCUGCCCCUAUCUGAACAACAGGCCAAUCGUCGUUCAUGUGGCCGCUCAGCCUCAGCCGGCAGGCAGAGCCGAGAUUCGAUACGAUACGAUGUAUUCCAGAUCUCAGCUCUGGUGAGCAGCAUGUGUUUUUACCGCUGUGCCACCUGAGCGGCCGGAAGUGCUUUUCUGAGUUACGUUACACCUACGCUGAGGACACCUGAGGCUACAGGACAUCAAGUCUCACUCAGUUUCAGUCGUCAGGUCAGACCCUGGCUUUUAUUUCACUGAGCAGUUUAUUAGGACAUUUAUAUUAGGAACACCUACCAUACAGCUGACCUUUGUGGGCAUACAAUUACUUAUUGUAGUCAGUAUCUGUUGCUUUGUAAGCAUUUAUCAAUGGAAUGGGACCCUCCAUAGUGCACUGAGAAUGUCUAGGAGUAACAACAGCUCAACAACAAUAGAGCGAGCUGUAGCACAUAAACUCUGAAGUGAUUAAUCACAGCCCAAUCUAGUAGUCUGACAAACAAAUGUGUUAUUGUCAUUAUUAUGAUUUUUUUUAAUUUAGAAUGUGGAUGUAUCCUUGCAAUCGGACAACAUUGACGCUGGUCUAGGAGAUUAGCACAUGCCUCCUGGAUUUAUAAAUAUAGCCACAUGGAGUCCUUCAGAAAACUGUUAUGACUUAACACAGACCACCAUUGCAACAAGAAAGGAAACCUGUGUGUGUGUGUGUGUGUGUGUGUGUGUGUGUGAGUGAAUAUGUGCAGCCUGUAGCCACAUCAUGCAGCAAGUAUAAGCAAUAUUUUUUUAUUAUUAUUUAUUUAUUAGAUAUUUAACAUCAUGUUUUACACGCUUUGGUUAAAUUCAUGACCCCACAGGCAGUUACUGCUUACACAAGAUUCAUCAGUGCAAGUUCACUUGCACAUCUUUGGACUGUGGGAGGAAACUAAAGCUUCCAGAGGAAACCCACGCAGACACCGGGAGAACAUGCAAACCGCUCCACCUGGGAAUCCAAGCCAGGCCUUCUUGCUGAUCUGAGUGCAUAUGAACGUCAAUUUUCACGUCGGCCCAACUAGACCGAGCCUCAUCGGCUCAAUAACAGAACAUCAGAGCAGGAAGGUGAUAAUCAAAGUCUCAUUUCUGCUGACGCAGCGCUGCGUCGCCGAGUCCUUGAACUGAUUUUUGCCAGAUCAGCAUUUCCUAAAGCCGUCCCCCCUCACCUGGUCCAUUCCCGCGCCUCCUUCUCUUAUCUUCACACUUUUCAGGAUCCUCCACCUCUCGCUUCACCUCAGACAUCACUCUCUGAGCGGUCCGAACCAUGAAACUGUCCUGGAUUCUGCUCGUUUCCACAGUUUGUGUGGCGCAGGGCGGGCAUGUGCCCCGUGCCCUGUGGCAGUUCGGUAGGAUGAUCAACUGCGUGCAGCCCAGCGUGAACCCGCUGAAGUACAACAACUACGGCUGUUACUGCGGCCUGUCGGGAUCCGGCGAUCCGAAAGAUCAACUGGAUCAGUGCUGUUUUGAACAUGAUACCUGCUAUUACAAUGCCAGGGUCCUCAAAGAAUGCCCCACUAUAGCUGACCUGCCUCACAUCAAGGUGUACGACUUCACCUGCUCUGACAAAACCCUCACCUGCUCAGACACCAACGAUAAAUGCCAGGCUGUGGUGUGCGAAUGUGACCGAGUAGCUGCCAACUGCUUCGCCCGGUACAAUCACAUCUAUAACCCUGAUUAUAAAAACCUGAGCAAGGAGGACUGCAAGAAUUGAGAGAUCCACAUCAAAACGAUGAAGAACCUUCUGUGUUCUGGUUUGUGUUUGUCUAAACUGCACAGAGAAUAAAAAGGGAAAAAAAAACCCUGUUUUUUUG